AUCGAUCUCUCCUGAAACUCGCGAACCCUAAAUCAGAAAUCGAUGGCGUCGUUGGCUCGCAGAGCAAUGAGCCUAACUCAGAUUCCAUCUGCACGAGUGCCCGCCUCUGUUUGUCAGCGUCGCGGUCUCGCCGGCGCCGCUGAUCAUCAUGGAUCUACCAAGGUUGACUUCUGGAAACAGCCCACGAAUCCAGGAAACUGGAAAGAGGAGCAUUUUGUUCUGAUUUCGCUCUCUGGCUGGGGCUUGCUUUUCUACAGUGGUUACAAACUCUUCACCGGUGGUAAAGCAGAGAAGCCUGUCGAUGCUCCACAAUGAAUUUAUUACACAAGAGAGCUCUCCUUCUACUGCAUUUGCCUUUCUUUGUCUGGUCUUGUAUCAAAGCCAGCCAUUACUACUUGACAAUAUCUUUGUUUGCUUUCUUUUAAAAUAAUAUAUAUGCACCAAACACUUUUUAGAUGGUAAUCAUGUCUCGAAUGGAUGAUCCCUCUGGCUGUUUUGCGUUUCACAAUUUCCAUAUGCUUUGAAUUGAAACAUAUCAAGUUCUUAGCAUUGUGAUAUGCUUUGGAUCAUUCUAAUUGUAUGGUCUGGAUACGAUUUUUUUUUGUUCC